AUGCUAGAAGUAUCGAAUAGUCAGGUUAUAUUUAACAAACGGGUAGCAGAGACGCUUCUGCAAGGCAACCAUUCGGUUACGUUGAUCAUGGUACGACCCUAUGAUAAGAAGAAACCGAAGGUGGACAUCGAUCCAAGGAUUACAGUGAAACACGUCGAUGCUCUAGUCGAAGGAAUAAAGGCUGACGACUGGGAGAAAGAGCAGGCAAAGAUGAUCUACCAGGAUAUACCGAUGUGGGACUCGAGGCAGCGAAAUAUGAUGAAGAAGAUGUCGAUGGCCAUGACAGGCUAUUGCGAAAAGCUCGUCCAAAACAAAGAAUUCCUAAAGUGGAUGGCUGACGAGAAAUUUGAUGUCGUCUACACGCACAUGUACGACUUCUGUGGCAUUGGUUUGAACCACGUGAUCGGGGUCAAAGCUUGGGUGUGGCUGAACUCGGGCCAGAUGAUGGACUGGGUGGCAGACCAGAUGGGAGUGCCGAUCAUUCCUAGCUACGUGCCGCCAAUGCUGAUGGAAUCGCACUCGGCCAUGAACUUUUAUGAGCGAACGAAGAGUUUUAUUGGAUUAUGGUUGUUCCGGGCAAUUUUCCCGAGGAUGGUCCCGGCUUCCGAGACCGAGGUAUUCCGGAAACAUAUCUCACCGGACUUCCCGGAUUUGUAUGAGCUGUCGAAGCAGUGCCCACUUGUGAUGGUGAACUCAAAUGAACUCUACGAAAUGGCUCGCCCCACUCUUCACAAAAUCGUCAACAUCGGAGGACUUGGCAUGCGAUUCGAAGAUGCGAAGCCGUUGGAAAAGAACUUCCAAACAAUCGUUGACUCUGCCAAGAAAGGAGUUGUCGUUUUCACGUUCGGUUCUGUGACCAGAAUGGAGUUGAUGCCCGAGGACUGGAAGGCGUCCAUGAUGGCAGCUUUCGCCCAAUUCCCCGACUACCAGUUCAUUCUCAGAUAUGAAGGGGAGGAUCUGGAGCAGAUCCGCCCGAAAAACGUUCACCUUAGCAAGUGGCUGCCGCAGUCGGAUUUGUUGAAGCAUCCUAAAACGCGUGGUUUCAUCUCGCACGGCGGCUACAACAGUGUGCAGGAAGCACUAAACAGCGGCCAGCCCAUUAUGACAAUUCCACUCUUUGGAGAUCAACCUAGAAAUGCCAAGAUGGCCCAGCAGCUCGGUUUUGGCGUUAACGUGCGAAAAACGGGACUUUGUACCGAGACGGUCGUUGCCGCUCUGAAAGAAAUGUUGGAGAAUGAAAAAUACAACAACGUCGCCAAACGCAUCUCCGGGAUGGUCAAGAAGAAGCCGAUCAAGCCAGAGGAGCUGUUGCUCAAGUGGACGACGUUCCUCGCAGAAUUCAAGAUC